CGUCCCAAAUUUAGGAACUCGAUCGAACCACCGCUCUCAACUGGCUGAACACUUCUUAAGCACCGCCAACAUGCUCGCCAAGUCCAUCUUCGCCACUACUUUCUUUGCGCUCGCACAGUUCGCCGUCGCUACACCCCCGGGCUGCCUCCUCGGCGCCGUCAACGAGUACUCCGACCCUGCUGACCUGAAGUCGAUCUGCAAGGCGAAGGAUGCCACCACCAAGAUUGCCAGCUUCUGCGGCGACAACACAAAGGAGGCCCUGAGCGCUUUCGCGGACAUCUGCAACGACCAGGGCGUCAAAGUUUCGACUGACGUCCCUACCUCGACCGGCAGUGUCAAGCCUAGCGGUACUGGUGCUUCUGCUUCUGGCACCGGCUCUGUCAUCAUUUCUCCCUCUGGCAACUCGACUCUGGCUACUGCGACCGGCGCAGCGCCUAAGCCUACUAGCACAGCAACUGUCACAUCUACUGGCAGCCCUGGCGAGUCAACUGGUGCUGCUGGAAAGCUCGAAGUUGGUAUUGCUGCGGCUUUCGCUGGUUUGAUGGCGAUCGCUUUGUAGAUCGGGAGAAAUGAGGUGUAUGAAUCAGGUCGAGGGAAGAGGCUGAGAUGUCCUCCUGAGAAGAAGUAAUUGCAUAUAUCGGCGAUGGUUUGGAACAUUUGAAUCAGAUUCUGGAAGUUGCCACAAUCUGGAUUUCUGGUUCAAAUGUGUUGCCUGGGUGUUUACCUUGCGAACGUACGCGGAAUAUAGCUCCGUGGAGACGUAAGUUGAAUGUUGGCCGUGACCCAGCGAUGUCGGUACAGAGAGGGAAUAUUUCAUGAGCUACAAGGUUACAGCGUACGUUGACUGUGUUUCCUAGUCUCUGCGCAUACUCCAUGAAUGAUGCUCCACAGCGUCAGCAGCCGGGAUGGUGGGGCCCUCGCAAGUAACCUCUU